UCUCUCAAGACCCGUGCCAGUUCUAAAGGCAUCUCGAGUUUAGAGACAGCACAGAAUUUUCGUCACUUUAAAGGACGCGCAGGACACACAUCCAGCUGACACGGAAAGAGCCAGAGAGGGCCUUCGGCACUGCUUGGUGGUUUAUGGCAGUCACCAUGGUGGCUCUGUGCUGGAAGCUGCCCAUCUGCUUUCUCUUCUAUCAAGUAGUGUCAGGARGAGUGAGGAGGGAGGGGCACUACAUUGCCGCGGUGUACGAGCACGAAUCCAUCCUGAGCCCCAAUCCAGCAGCGCUGGUGGAGCGGCGCUCGGCGCUGGAGCUCAUGGGCAGGAACCUCGACGUCUAUGAACAGCAAGUGCUGGCUGCUGCCAGACAGGGGGCACAGAUCAUUGUUUUUCCUGAAGAUGGAAUCCAUGGCUUCAACUUCACCAGAAGCUCCAUUUACCCUUUCUUGGAUUUCGUUCUGCAUUCACACUCUGGCAAGUGGAAUCCCUGCAGAGAGCCUUAUUUGUUCAAUGACACAGAGGUGGUUCAGCGCCUGAGCUGCAUGGCUCUGAAGAACAAGAUAUUCCUUGUGGCCAACCUGGGGACUAAGCAGCCGUGUGAACGCACGGAUCCUCGGUGCCCAGCGGACGGGAGGUACCAGUUCAACACCAACGUGGCGUUUGACGCCAAUGGAACCCUGCUGGCCACGUAUCGCAAACACAAUCUGUACUUUGAAUAUGCUUUUGAUACUCCUCCAGAGCCAGACUAUGCAUUCUUUGACACCCCUUUUGCUGGCAAGUUUGGCAUGUUCACUUGCUUUGAUAUACUCUUUUUUGAGCCUACAGUGAACCUCAUCAGACAAUACAAUUUGAAGCAAAUUGUUUAUCCAACUGCCUGGAUGAACCAGCUCCCACUCUUGUCYGCUGUAGAAUUUCAACAAGCUUUUGCAACUGCUUUCAAUAUCAAUAUUUUAGCAGCCAACAUCCACCACCCUACCUUGGGCAUGACAGGGAGUGGCAUAUAYACUCCAGUCAAGUCAUUCAUCUACCACAACAUGGAAAGUUACGGUGGCAAGCUCAUAGUAGCAGAAAUUCCUGUAAUUACCACAGAUUAUAAAUCCAAUUUAGAGAGUAAUGAAAGAUUUAGAGAGAACUUACAUGACUCAUGCAGGACUUUUACGAGCACCUCACUGGAUGAUGAAGUUUGCUUUAAGGAGCAAGAAGAGACUCCUAGCAKAGUAUCUGAAAAAGGAAAUGAACAGUCACCUCCCUCAUUUUAUGCAGAAAUGAUGUAUGACAACUUCACUUUUGUUCCUGUAUGGGGGGAAAAAGGAGAGCUCCAGGUUUGUGCCAAUACCCUUUGCUGUUACUUAAAUUAUCAGAGACCUGUUUUAACUGAUGAAUUAUAUGCUUUGGGAGUUUUUGAUGGGCUCCAUACAGUGCAUGGCACAUACUACGUCCAGGCCUGUGCCUUAGUAAAGUGUGGUGGCCUCAGCUUCAGCACUUGUGGGCAGGAGGUCACAGAUGCCACUGGUCUGAUAGAUUUCCAGCUAUGGGGAAAUAUGAGCACACCUUACAUCUUUCCUUUGUUGCUGACAUCUGGUAUUACCUUGGACUUUGCUGAUCACUUGGGCUGGAAAAACAACCACUAUUUCAUGAGCAAAAAUAGAACAUCUUCUGGCCUACUGACAGCUGCUCUCUAUGGACGGUGGUAUGAAAAGGACUAGCAGAGAUAUUUGACUGAGUCAGAAAACAACUGCCCUUAUGUUCARAGUAUGUAUCUUAACAGCAAUUGUUGAACAUCCAUAUUUCCUAGAGGUUCAGGUGUGUUCAUCCCAUCACUGCCUGAUKAGGUCCCACAUUUGAAAAAAUGGCUGUAAGUACAGUCUGUACCGUGGUAUCUUAUGUCCUCCAGGAGUGAAAGAACGGCCUUGCAAAGAUAAAAGCUUGCUGGGAUCUGRUGAGGUGUUUUAUACCAAGGAAAUAACACUUCUAAAUUAAACUGAAUUUGUUCCUUUUAAUUUAAUCCUUUGGGUUUUGGAGUCCUAGCUGGGAGUAUGGAAAUGAAUUAAAUGGAAAACUAUUGUAAGAAAAGAAACAAAAACAAAAGAAAGGGAAGUAAGAUACAAAUAUUGUGCAUGACAUAUACAUACAUAUAGCUUUUAUGGGCUGAGGUUUUGAUUUCUGGUUAGGGUGCCAUGACUGUUUUUUUUUCUUAGAGUUAAAAACUCCUAGGUGAAAUCAUUACCAUUGACUGGCCACUCUGGUGUCUGUAAUCCUGCUACAAAGUCUUAAGUUUUCUCAUAUGCACUUAAGAGUAUCUUAAUGCUACAGUUGUAAACAUCUACAGAAUUGCUAAUCUGGUCAACAGGAUAUCAAAUGAUUGUGAAAACCUAGACGGCAGUAAGACAUAUUUCACAAGAAAUUAAGCUUAAAGAAAACAUCAGCAAUGAAUAUCAGUGACCAUGUUAUGCACUUGUUUAGUACUUUUACUUCCCUUGUUUAAAAGAGAAGAAUCUUUUGACUUUAAGACAUCUUACACACUGUUCAUGAAUUUAUUCAAGAGGAUUUAUGAAAAGUACAUAAUAAGCACGGAACAGCAAGGUUUUUGCAUCAAUGCUUCCUGUGCCAGAUGGCACAUUUGUGCUGGUGAGUGAGUAGAACACACCAUUCUUUCCAGAGAAAUAACUAGAUUAAGUGCUGUAGCUGUUCUACUGCAGUGAAGAAGUUGGGAAAAGAAUAUUCAAAGGCUAUUAAUUUGGGGUUAAAGUCAUACACGUUAAGGUAUUCUCAAGCAUUAUAAUUUUGUGGGGUUUUAUUGGCUGCUACGACUUCAUCUGGGUAAUAGGUGUUGAGUAAUGGAAUAAACACAACUGUUCCUUUGGAGAGUCCUUGUGUUCCAGCUGCUCUGUUAGUCAGGUUGAGAGGAGCAGAGCACAGGAGACAGGAGAGCUGGGACUCCCUCUGUUUUGUGGUCUGAGUUGGUUCAAACUCAAACCAGUACAGGUACAAGGAUGUGUCCUGAGAGGUGCUCAAUCAGCUCCUCCUUUGAAUGAACUCACUUUCUGGUUUCAGAAAGCAAAACAACCAAAACAUUGCUGAAUAUAUACCUUASGGUUUCUUAGGUAUUUACACAGAAUUAGUGUAUAAUUAUGGAAGCCUUGGGCUCUAUCAAAACUUCUUUCUCCAGUCUGUAUCACUGUGAGUCAGGCCCUUGUCAAACAGCACUUUGAUAGAGCAGCACACCAGGUUUAUUCUGCAGCAUACAUUGGACAGAAAUACGGAGAGGGAAUGUCUGUAUCUCAUUAGGCAUAAACUUGCUGCUAUAAAAGUAGGCCAUUCCUCCACAGGGUUAUUAAAGAUUAUUAAUUCUUUGGCACCCAUACCAUGUUCUUGCUGAAUGCUGCACCAUUUCAGGAUGUACAGGGUAGAACAGAAAAGCAUUUACAAUUCUUGUUGAUGCUUCUGCUUCUACUACCACAAAAUGGAGCAAUGAACAACUGGAGAUUCCAGCUCUCAGGACCCUGCACUUUUUAGGAUGAAAAACAUGCAGCUUCGUGGACUAAAAUACUCUUUGGGAUUUAGUUCCAAAGCAGACCAUUACUACAAUAGGUUAGGCUAGACACCUAAAUAGCAUUACACAUACUUGCUAAGCCUAAGGAAAUAAGUGUUUACCUGUGAAAUACUUGCAAAAUGUGGCCCAAAGAAGUAUUCUAGCUAUGGUUGAGCUUAAGUUGUUAGAACAAGACCUCAAGACCUUCUAGCCUUACUGGAGUUUGCAUGAGGUACAUUCCUCUGUCUCCUCCCUGAGAAGAGCAGGCAUUCAGUAUUUGAGUGCAUUCUCACACCUUGUUCCCUUCACCCAGAACAGCCGCCUUUAGCAAGAGACACUGGGAAGGGUUGARCAGGCAGAACUGGACACAGUACAUUACCAGUACUGUGUACAGUACCAGUACUCCUCCCUCCCACCCCGAUCUUUGAGUAACAACAGGUGUACCUCUUCUGACACACAGGGACAGGCAGUGACCUCUGAUACCACCACACAUCGAUGGCUUUUGGAAAUGUGUGCAGGAGCACAAUCCCAGCACUGCCCUGAUCCCAAACAAUCCUGCACUCUCRUGAGUGAAGCUACUUACCAUGUACUGAGGAGGUGUGAGAGGCCUUCAGCAAGGCUGCCAUUCACACUGGUAACACACUGUAAUGCAGCCUAUCACCUAAUGGAUAUGAACAGGUUUAUUAAAGCUUCCUGAGCAAUUCCUGUCUGAGAUUGGGAAAAAAACAAAACAGGACAGAAGGAUUUUUUGACAUACGGGAAGUACCACUGAAAUCUAGAGAAGCUUUGAACAACUUGGUCUGUGACCAAAUUGAAAUCAGGAAUUUGUACUGACACCAAAGAAAUGUCCUCUCUGAGACAGCAGGGAGUGAUGUCUUUAAGGGGCCUUGACACUGCUCCUGGGAAGGGAAAGACAACCACAGAAAUUGUCCAGGUCCGGAUAACAGCACAGGAGUCAGAAGAGGUUGGGAGGUUCCUCAUAAGGGAUCUGCUGUUUCAGGAUUCAGAGUGAUUCUUCCAGGUGAAUGUGGGGAUAUUCUCCUCACAAUGACAGAAACACCAGAAAGCACAUCAAAGGAACAGCUGAAAAAGAGGAACUAGGAGUUAAGCUAUCAAGAGGCAUGUGAAGAGGCUGAGGAACUGGAGACACAUUGUAAAAUCUGCAGAGACCUUCACAAUACCUGACUGGGCAAAAGCUCCUUUAUGCAGAUCUCUACCAGCRAAAUGAACCCCCCAAAUAUUCACAGGCUGAACUGAGUUAUCAUCCCAUCAAGUUUUUAAUAAUCAACAGCAAUGGAAAUACUUGAGAGAGUCACUAAACUCUCCUUUCUCCCUGCCCUGGGAGAGCUGGUGUAGGCAACACAGGUCAGAAAUCAGAGACAAUACUGGGACUCACAGCAGAAGAAACAAACUCUUGGUAGAAGAGAUAAGGAAGGUUGAAUUCUUUAAGGCUUUAAUAGAUUAGGAAGAUUUUAAAGAUUUUAAGAAAAUUGUGCAGACAGCUUGAGUAACAGUUUGGCAAGGGACAGAAAAUACAUGAGAGGAUACAUGAAUCACUAGAUUUUAUUUUUAAACU